AUGGAACGGCUGUGGUUCUCUUUGCUGUUGCUGGCAGCAGCAUGCAGGGGACAGCCGUGUCCUAAACGUUGUAUGUGCCAGAGCCUUUCUCCAUCGCUCGCUAUCCUCUGCUCCAAGACAGGUUUGCUGUUUGUUCCUGCUGCCAUUGAUCGACGCACCGUGGAGCUACGGCUUCAAGAGAACUUCAUCACAGCUGUCCGAAGAAAGGACUUUGCCAACAUGACCAGUCUGCUACAUCUGACCCUGUCCAGAAACACCAUCAGUCAGAUCCUCCCUUCAGCUUUCAGUGACCUGCGGCGACUGAGAGCACUCCACCUAGACUCUAAUAGAUUAACUGUGAUCAAGGAUGACCAUUUCAAAGGCCUAACCAACCUUCGCCACCUGAUCUUGGCCAACAACCAGCUCCACUCCAUCUCACCCCAUGCCUUUGAUGACUUCCUGUCCACACUGGAGGAUCUAGACCUCAGUUACAACAACCUUGCCCAGGUGCCCUGGGACACGAUCGGACGCCUCACCAAUGUCAAUACCCUAAACAUGGAUCAUAACCUCAUAGAAAAUGUUCCCCAAGGGGUAUUCACCAACCUGCACAAGCUGGCAAGGCUAGAUAUGACGUCCAACAAGCUGAAGAAAAUUCCCCCAGACCCAUUGUUCCUGAGAAUCCCAGUUUAUGCCAAGUCCAAAGGCUCCCCUCUCUCCUCCCUGGUGCUGAGUUUUGGUGGUAACCCCCUUCACUGUAACUGUGAACUUCUGUGGUUGAGGAGGCUAACCAGAGAAGAUGACCUAGAGACAUGCGCCUCUCCCCCAGACCUCAGUGCCAAGUACUUCUGGACAAUACCAGAAGAGGAGUUUAUUUGUGACCCACCAGUUCUGACCCGUAAGUCACCUCAUACUGUGGCUAUGGAAGGCCAGCCUGCCAGCCUGAAGUGCAAAGCAAAUGGUGACCCAGAGCCUGAAGUCCACUGGAUCAGCCCUGAAGGGCGACUUAUAUCUAAUGGCUCCAGAACUUUAGUUUUCCCUAACGGAAGCCUGGAGAUCAAUGUAACAUCCCUGAAGGAUUCAGGAAACUUCACUUGCAUUGCCUCCAAUGCAGCAGGUGAAUCAACAGGAAGGGUGGAGCUAGUUGUCACGGCGAUGCCCCAUCUCGCAAACAGCACAAGCCGCAGCCGAGAUCCGUCCUCUGAACCUGCCCCAUCUGAUAUUCUAACCUCCUCUAAGGUUGCGCUGCCUAACAAUGAGACAAGGGGAGCAGACCGAAGGGUCUCAUUGGUGGAACUGACAGGAAACUCUGCCCUCAUUAGAUGGAGUAGCCAGACUCCUACAUCUGGAGUCAGGAUGUUCCAGGUCCAGUACAACAGCUCUGGGGAUGACACACUCGUUUACAGGAUGAUUCCAUCCAGCAGUAACGACUUCCUGGUUCGGGACCUUGCCGCUGGACGCAGCUAUGAUCUUUGUGUCCUGGCCGUGUUUGAUGACGUUAUCACAUCACUGACCGCAACACGUCCUCUGGGCUGUCUGUCCUUCACCACAGACACAGAGUUCAGUCAGUGUCAAGCACUGCACAGCCACUUCCUGGGUGGUACGAUGAUCAUCAUCAUUGGAGGAAUUAUUGUUGCUUCUGUGCUGGUUUUUAUCAUCAUCUUAAUGAUACGGUACAAGGUUUACAGCCACCAAGGGGCAGGCCAUGGAAAAGCAGCCAUUGCGGCCACUGCGCCAAGACCGCAGAGCAAUGGACAAGGAGGUGGUGGACAGGUCCAAGUCCUCCCUCGCUCUGCCUCAAAAAUGACUGACAGUCAGGACGACCAAGCGCUAGUGCCGUCCAGGGCCAUGUCGCCUAGCAACACCCUGAGAGACACUGUGGCACUGGUCGAGGAGGAGAGCAGUGGACGGAGCAUAAUGACAAGGACUGACUCUUUGGCCAAUGAGGAGUUGCUCUCGCCCACCAAGGCCCGUUUCUCCUCCAGGGUUGCCAUUGAGAUGAAAAGCAGACCGCCAUCUGUCGCCAAAGAGCCCACCUCCCCCAAGGAACUGGCAGCAGCAGACGACAGGCGGCCUCGUAGUGUCGAAUGGAGAGACUUUAAGAUCUGA